AUGGACACCAAAUCGUCGCCCACAGAAUCCAUCCGCAUCGUAGAGGAGAAGUCCAGCUUCGAACAAGAUUCACAGCCGAUUUAUAAUCCUCAAGUGGACACCUCUGGAGUGGACGAGAAGAAGCUCUUACGCAAGAUCGAUUUUGCGUUGAUCCCUUGGUUCUCAUGCCUCUAUCUGCUUUCGUUCCUUGACCGCACAAGUAUCGGAAACGCCAAGGUGCCUGGAAUAACACGAUGUUGGCUCACUUUACUGAAUAAAAAAAAGUUGUAUCAUCUGGAGGCCGACCUGAAGAUCACAGAUAGCCAAUAUUUACUCGCAUUGACCGUAUUUUUCAUUGCUUAUGCAACAUUUGAGAUACCGUCAAAUAUUGUUCUGAAGCGUUUUCGGCCAGCGAUUUGGUUUUCGACCAUUAUGAUAGGAUGGGGAGUGUUUAUGACGCUUCAAGGCGCUGCACAUGAUUUCGGGAGUUUGACCGCGAUCCGUUGGAUGUUAGGAACAUUCGAAGCGGGGCUUUAUCCAGGCUCGUGCGUCGCCUACCAUUUGAGCUGCUGGUACAAGCGCUCUGAACUCGGUAUUCGCACAGCAGUCUUCACCUCGGCAACUACAUUGUCUGGCGCGUUCGGCGGACUGCUUGCCGCGGCAAUAUCUAAGAUGGGUGGUGUAGCAGGCAAACCGGCAUGGGCCUGGAUUUUCAUCAUCGAGGGUCUGGUCACCAUUGUCGCCGGUAUUCUAUGUCUUUGGUUUGUUCAAGAUUUCCCCGAAUCCGCCAAAUUCCUUACAGAGGAGGAGCGGACUUUUGUCAUUCGCCGAUUGCAAGGCGACGGGCUGUUUUCAGCUGCAGGCGAGCAUCCAAAACUGAAAAAUAUAGUUGCUAGCUUCAAGGACUACAAGACAUGGAUCAAUAUGCUACAAUGCAUGGGUUGCGAUAUGCCCUUAUAUGCGUUCUCUCUCUUCACACCAUCAAUCGUUAACCAGGUUUGUAAUGGUUUCAAGGCAACACGAGCUAACUUGCUGACUGUCCCUAUCUACGCUUUCGCUGCGAUUGUGACCUGUGUGGUCGCUGUGUAUGCCGACAGACGAGGUCGCAGAGGCAUGUGGAACAUCAUCAUGUUUUCUAUUGGCGGCGUUGGCUACAUCAUUCUGAUUGCCUCGCGGAGCGCUGCACUAUCCUACUUUGCUGUCUAUGUUGCCAGUUGUGGUAUUUUCCCCGUCGUUCCCAACACUAUCACUUGGAUUGCCAACAAUCAUGAGGGAUCGUUAAAGCGCGGUGUUGCAUUGGCAGCGGCGAUCAGCAUUGGUAAUCUCAACGGCGCUGUUAGCUCAAAUGUUUAUCGCGCUCGAGAUCAACCGUGGUAUCGGCUGGGUCACGGGCUGGUACUCCUGUACAUAUGCAUUGGGAUUUUUGCCAACUCACUAUUCCUAUACUCGCUCAAGAAAGAAAAUAUGAGGCGUGAUCGCGGCGAGCGCGACGAGGUUAUUGGACCAGAGACAUUGGAAGACAACGGGAAUGGCCGAUUUGCGAGCGUGGAGGAGGCGAAACGCGAAAAAGGAGAUGGCUGGAGUGGUUAUCGCUACGUGCUGUGA